UUACUCUUAAAGGCAUAGGUAAGAAUUUACUCUUUAUAAAAUUAUGAUAAUUGUUCAUCGCAUUUUCUUAACUAUAUGUUUAUAUUUCAAUAACAUGAGACGGAAAGAAAUACAAUGCAUGAGCUUUCAAACUCAAUUAAAUUAAAGAAAAUAACAAUUAAUUCUAUAUGACAUUUCAUGAAUUUUUAGGUUACAUGAUUAUUGGAAUAUGCGUUUUUGAAGCCCUGUUGAUUAUUAUUGGAGUGAUUAUUGUGAAGCGAUUUCGAUCACGUGCAUCAAAAGAUCGGAUUCCUCGAAAAAGACUGGCUGAUACUGAUGGGUUAGUUACCCCCUCGACAGACAAAGGAGCUGAAAUUGCUUACGAAUUGAUGCCUCUGGAAUGUGUCUUGCCAAGUAACGUCAACGAAAAUGUCAAAGAUGUGUACGCAGAAUGUCCUGAUAAUGUUUAUGACAGUACAUUGAUCCGUAGACCUUAUGUCUUCCAACAAAAUAAUAUUUACCAGACUAAUGAAGGCAACUACAACGCAAGUUUUUCAAAACGAGAUCGUGACAUUAACAACGAUUCAAAUCUAUAUCAAUCCUGUGAUUAAACAACAUCCCAUAAAAAAGAAAGAAAUACAAAAUAAUGAACAAAACAUAUUCAUGCUUUGUAUAGAUGUAACGAAACAAGGUUAUGAGUUAUCAUAGUGUUUUAACGAAGAUUGUGGAGAAUUAUAAGUACCAAGCGAGAAAAACAGCAUGAAAUUUCCAUGUUCAUGUUUUGUUCUUUCGAGAUUUUGGGAGGAUAACGGAUUAAAUGCAGUCGCCUAUGUACAAACUGUACUUGCAUUUUAAAGUCAUGUCUUAUAUAUAUGGUUUGAUGCUAUUGAUGUUUGAAAAGUUUAGAGAUUUUUAAUUUUCCUAAUGUUCUUCAGAGGUUUUCAGAAUCCAUACUUGAUUUACACCACUUCUUGAACAUGUUGUAGCACAAUACGUCUGAAGUUUGUCCUUCACACCAGUUAAUAUUUUGGUGAGGAGUAAGGAUGGGGGCUUGGUUAUAAGAAUAGUAUAAUCCUUAACUUAAGAAAUGAAUUUGAUUUUGAGAAUUCAUGAGGACAUGAACUACGACGCUUUAC